CUGGCUGCUAUCUAGCCAGCUUCAAAGCAAACGCACAAGCAAGCUCAGUAAGCACGCCAUGGGAAUGAAGCGAUGCGUCGUUCCUAGCAUCCUGCUGAUGCUUGCACUGCAGGCAGCCCUCCUCGUCGCCGGCGACGUGGAUGCCAUUCUCCUGCCGAGCCAAGGCCAAGACGAAGCAGCCAUGGCGGCCAAGAAGAGGCCGUGGAAGUGCUGCGACCAGGCGGUGUGCACCAGGUCCAUCCCGCCGAUCUGCCGCUGCAUGGACCAGGUCUUCGAGUGCCCCUCCACCUGCAAGGCCUGCGGGCCGUCCGUGGGCGACCCGUCCCGCCGCGUCUGCCAAGACCAGUACGUCGGCGACCCCGGGCCCAUCUGCAGGCCCUGGGACUGCUGCGACCUGCCCCUGUGCACCAGGUCCAACCCGCCGACGUGCCAAUGCAUGGACGAGGUCGACAAGUGUGCUCCGACCUGCAAGACCUGCCUGCCGUCCAGGUCGCGCCCUUCUCUCCGCGUCUGCAUCGACCGCUACUUUGGACCCUUCCCGCCCGCGUGCACGCCGUCAGAGGCUGUUGCCGCCGGCGCGCUCCUCCCUGUUUGGGGUUGGGCCCCGGCGGCGGCGAACCACCCGAGGCGGCACGCGACAAAGGCCGGCGAGGGCGGCCGCGUAGCCGAGGCCUUUGGUGCCGUCAAGGUCCACAAGGAGGGCAGCGUGGCGUUGCCCCAGAUCUGGCGCUGGGGAGGAUGGAUUCGGCGCACCUGUCAGCUUCCCGGACCCGGGCAGGGCGCCCGGCCGCACCAUGGCCGGCGAUUGCUGCAGAACUGCGGCCAUUGCUGCUCGGAGCGUGCCGAUCGUUUCUGGGAUGUCCACAACCGAUUUAGUCCAGAUGACGAAACCAUCGUGCAACAAGGAGAAACUAACUUGUCGUAACCGCACAAAAUGCUCAAAUUAUUCAGGGUAAGACCCUCAUGAUUACAUCCCAAUGUAUCAAGGGCCGUAUGCAUCGUUCUGAUGCAGAGGCCGGGGUGAACCCCCUUUUCGAAAAAAAACAUCCCAAUGUAUCAGAAUAACAAAAUAAUAUUAAAGUCUUACAUUUACCACAAUAAUUUAACAAUACUAAAGUUAUAAAUAUAUCAGAAGAGCUAAACAUCUUCAUCUCUUUUUUUUUUGAGUCGCUAAAAUCUUCAUCUUUAUUUAGAGGUAAAACAAGACACACGAUAUUAACAUUUGCUGCUGCAGAUCAUCCACACCCUGGUUAAUAGUCAAGAGCUCUUCUUCAAUGGAUUGCAGCACAGACACUGCCUCCUUCGGAGAAAACGCUUAUUCUACGGCUGUGUUCUCUGCAAAGCUUGCCCACUUCACGACCACAAAGACAUAGACUUGAUCGUACACCUUGUCAAAGAGCCGGAAGUAAGCAAUUCUCCAUGUCUUCUUGAACAGCAGUGCACAAAACACCAUCCAGAGUCCCACCACAAAUCCAAGCACAAGACCAAAGUAAAACGUCAGUGGAUCAAAUUUUUGGUUGCUGUUGGCGACAUCUCCCUGGAUGAAAGGAUCAUUUCCUGAACAAUUCUUGUGGACAGGAGGCCCACAAAGUCCAUUGUUGCCAAUGUACAUAAGUGACGGGUUCUCGGAAUUGAGGGUGUCAAGUUGGCGGCCAGAGGGUAUCCUUCCAGACAAACUGUUGUAGGACAGGUUCAGGGCGGCCAGAGAUGUCAGAUUUGACAAGCUCGAUGGGAUUUCACCAGAAAGCUUGUUCUGAGAGAGGUCAAGAGAUACCAGUGCCUGCAUGGUGCCAAUCAUGCUUGGAAUUUCUCCACUCAAUUGGUUUGAUGAUAAGUUCAUAUUCAUUAGUGCAGCAAGCGAAGUGAUGUAUGUAGGAAUUUCACCAGUCAGGGAGUUGCAUGAUAAAUCAAUGCUCACAAAAUAUGCAAGUGUUCUGCCAAAUAAGUAUAUAAGUUGCUGCCCUUUUGUCUGUACUGACAAUAUAUGUCCUAGCUGUUCAACAUUCAGUAUGCUGCUAGUGCGUAAUUUUGUGGUUCCAUGAGAUUCAACAGAACCAUCCAUACCAACGGAUUCCUGUUGUAAUGUUCUCAUAAAUGUUAGGUUCAACAGAUGCUGAGGUAUUGCACCAGAGAAGCUGUUGCCUGAUAGAUCUAAGUAUCGAAGAUACCCAAGCUCUGUUAUGUCAACUGGAAUAUUAUCAGAAAAAUUAUUGUGGCUCAGUAUGAGAAAAUGUAAAUUCAUCAGCUUUCCUAUCCAUGCAGGUAUUGGGCCAGUAAACCGGUUUGAAUUGAGAAUGAGUUUCUUAAAAGCCAUGCGAUCCAGAUCUGCUGGCAAGCUGCCACUUAUUUGGUUGUUAGAGAUAUCCAGUGAUGUGGCAUGUGAAAAUGCAGACCAAAACCAAUCAGGAAACUCGCCCUUCAAACCGUUGCUUGAAAUGUCAAGCCCGGUGGUUUUCAGCUGCUGAAGCCAAGGUGGAAACAGAGGACCCAUCUGGCAAGAUCCAAAUGAUGCAUACUUCAGAGUAACGGGAGGACGCCAAUCAGAACUCAGUACAAUCUUCAAAUUAUUGGAAGAGAUGUCUAUUGCCCUUAAACUUGUUAGAUUUAUGAAGUGUUCUUCCGUGAUCACUCCAGUGAAGUUAUUUUCCCUUAGGGCCAGAGAAUUCAGAUUAAUAAGAGAACCUAUUUCAGUGGGUACAGUUCCACUGAGAAGAUUGCUUGAGAGGAGAAGUUCAGUCAUAUACAUCAAUUUCCCAAGAUUGGCUGGUAUACUUCCCGUGAGCUGAUUGUUAUAGAGUGCAAGGGAGGUUAGAACUGUCAUAUUCCCAAUCUGUGGUGGUAUAGUUCCAACAAGGCUGUUUGAAUAGAGGUGCAUUGUGGCAAACUCUUCAUAAGCACUGCUAUGUCGCCAUUUAUGCCAUUAACAGAGAGGUCGAGGAUUUCCAAACUGCAAAGAUUCUUAUAGUAUCCUGUCAUCAUCAUGUUCGUGUUCUCAUUGCGUGAAAUAUCAAGGACUUGAAGGUACGUCAUGUUUCCUAGUGUGUCAGGGAGCUGGCCGAAUAACCUGUUAUCCCCAAGAUCGAGGUACUUCAAGGUUGUCGCUUUCCAAAACCAACCAUAUGUGAGUGAGUGCUCAAAAUCAUUUGAGGACAGGUCAAGCUUCUCAAGUUUUGUGAGAUUAAGGUGCAGAAGUGAUUGGUUUGCACUAUCAAGUGAACAGGAAGAAAGAUGAAUAACCCUCAAAGGUGGAAUCAUAUUGAGGGUAUGAGGCCAGUCAGCUAUCCCUGAGAGCUGGACUCCGCUCAUGCUAAGGAACUGCAGGAAAGGUAGCUUCGCCAGCCAGGUGAUGUCCAUUGAGUACAUCAUAGAAUUACCAGUUUGGGCAAGGUCAAGAUACUGCAACUUAGACAGAUUUCCUAGCUGAGAAGGCACUCUACCGGCAAAUGGUAUACCAGAGAGGUCAAGGUAUCUCAAGUUCGUCAUGGAGCCCAUUAAAUUAAGAAUUUUGCUAUUUGGCCCUGGUAAACAGUUCAUGCUAAGGUCCAGGUGCUCUAAAUGCUUCAAGGAAAGUAGAGAGGGACUUAUCUCGCCGAACAAAGAAUUGUCAUGUUCACAUGGAUCAUAGUAGCCCCAGGGGUUGUCCUCCACAAUUGUACUGCGAAGGUGAAGCUUGACGACAUGGCCAGUUCGAUUGUUGCAACCGAUGCCUCUCCACCGGCAGCAAUCUUGGCCGUCCCAUGAGAUGAGGAGGUUGGCGCUGUCGCUUGUAAUGCCCUUUUUGAAGGAGAGCAAGGCAGCCCUCUCGGCCGGGAUGCAGCCACCCCCAUGGGCAUGCGGAUGCUGGGGUUGUAGUGCAUCAUUUGUGAAGAACGAAAAGAUGCUUAUGCUGAUGAGAGCGAGCAAGAGAUUGAUUGUGCGACGCAUGGUGGAUGAAUGAUUGAGUUGUCUAGCUGGGUGUUAGUAUUUAGUUGUGUACCAGAGGUAUAUAUGUCCAUAACUUGUCAAAGUCCCCGUGGAUGCUUGUUCAAUCAUACAAUAUACAAUAUUGUAUCAUACAACUAUACAAUAUUUUGUGCCCAUCUGUGAUGGGAGUCACCAACUACUCCACUAGUUGGCUGACUCCUGACUGCAACCGCACUGUACCGUUGGCAUCAAAGUCAAUUGAUCCUGUUGUA